GAAGCUACUUAAAUCCCCACCUAUAAAUUUUUUCAUUCUGCCCUCGCCCCUCUAUAUAUAGUAUACCUACUCAGUGAACCCUCCACCAUAACUCAAAUAUAAGAUGAAGCAAAAAAUUUGUCUCGAAUUGCAUCACAAAGAAGCUCUGCCUCAAAUCGAACUUGUUAUCGAUAAUGACUCAUCGAUAAUCUCUACUCAAACAACCCAAGACAGCGUCGGCAUCGAAAAAUCGAUUAAAAACAUGGCUUUGCCGAUGUUAACUAAAUUUCAUGCGGGAUACUUUAGAAUUAGUCUCGCACUUUGCAGCCAAGCCUUGCUGUGGAAGACUCUAGGGCACCCCCCGGAUAAUGCGCACGCUUAUAGGCGCAUGCUAGGCAUGCUACCUUCCACGGCCUUCAUCCUUCUCUGGUCACUCGCUUUGCUGACGCUCCUCUCCCUCUCAUUUCUUUACACGUUAAAAUGUUUCCUCAACUUCGCGAGUGUGAAGGAUGAGUUCUUGAAUCACGUUGGAGUGAACUACCUAUUCGCACCGUGGAUAUCAUGCUUGUUGUUGCUUCAGUCUGCGCCGUUUUUCACUCCCAACACUUUGUUUUAUCAACUGCUGUGGUGGAUCUUCGUGUUACCGAUCCUCGUUUUGGAUGUUAAGCUCUAUGGCCAAUGGUUUACAAAAGGAAAGAAUUUUUUAUCAACAGUGGCGAAUCCAGCUUCUCAAUUAUCAGUGAUUGGUAACCUAGUUGGAGCUAGGGCAGCCGCUUUGAUGGGAUGCAAAGAGAGCGCAAUCUGUAUGUUCUCUUUCGGGAUGGUACAUUAUUUAGUACUCUUUGUUACACUCUAUCAGAGAUUGGCCGGGAGUGAUCGCCUCCCCGCGAUGCUCCGACCAGUUUUCUUUCUGUUCUUCGCGGCUCCAAGCAUGGCAAGUUUAGCCUGGAUAUCGAUCUCCGGGAGUUAUGAUAAUGCUUCGAAGAUGCUCUUCUUUCUCUCAUUGUUUCUCUUCAUGUCCCUGGUGUGUAGACCAAAACUAUUCAAGAAAUCGAUGAAGAGGUUCAAUGUGGCAUGGUGGGCUUACUCUUUCCCCUUAACAGUCUUGGCACUAUGCUCAACUGAGUACGCACAGGAGGUGAAAAGCAGCGAAGCUCACUUGCUAAUGGUCAUUCUCUCCGUCAUAUCAGUCCUCGUUACUCUUGUGCUAAUGGUGUUCACCGCAAUCCAUACUGAUUUGUCGUCCCAAGCUUUGAAUUCGAGACCAUCUGCUGAUUUGAUUUUAACUACUUCCAGGUCCUCGACAGAUGAACUGUAGUUUUCGUGUAAAAGAUCGAUCAAUAUUUUCUUUAACUAUUAACACUUUUAAUUAAUCUGGAAAAUAUGAAAUUUAUUUCUUGAUUAUAACAGUAGAGUGAUUCGGCUGGUUUUAAGAUAAAUCAAAAUUUUAAUUUAUCUA